AUGAAAAAUAACCUAAUUGACAUUAGAGAUAUUUAUCGGCCCAAGUAAAAGCAAAUCGUUAUACCAAAACUCUCCAAAGAUAAGAUACUUAACUUUUAGAAACGAAUACUGAGAGAAGAUUCAGAGAUGAGAUCCCCUAAUAUGAGAUCUGUAUUACGAGAAUUCAAUGAGGUUUCAUUAAUUGAAGAUGAGUCUAAGAUAAAGCAGUCAAAAGAUUUUGAGAUUGUUUCAAAUCAAAGUAAAGAAAUGAUGUAGAAUAUCAGAACUAAGCAGAGAGCUCUUGAUUGA